AUGCUUGUCAGUUUUCCAUAUCUCUUACUAAUCAUUUGCCCGCCCUCUCCUCCAGCCCACAUCCUCGCUUGCACGCCUACAGGCCGGCACACGCCAUACGUGGGGAGCAGCAGCGACGGGAGCAACGACGGGCGAGGCAGCGAGGGGGAGGCAGCGAGCGGGAGGCAGCGAGGGGGAGGCAGCGAGGGGGGGGCAGCGACGGCUCUGCGCAGCGCGCUCUUACUCGAGGUGCCAUCUCUCCUCGUCGAGGUGCCUUCUUUCCUCGUCGAGGUGCCUUCUCUCCUAGUCGUGGUGGGAGUGUCAUACAACGCCGCGGCCAACGAGAUCACUGGACCGCUGCUCCUGAACACUGCUGCUCAACGCCUGCCGCCGAACGACUCCUGCCCAACGGCUGCUGCCGAACGACUCCUGCCGAUCGACUGCUUGCCAUCGGCUGCUGCCGAACGACUGACGCCAGGAGGAAUGGCGCCACUGCUGCCGCACCGGAGGAACUUAGCACACGGCAAGCAGCAAGACAGAGUAGGCCUGCCUGCCCUCCUCCCCACACCAGCAGCAGCAAGGCCAGGAGGCAACGCUGUUGGCGAGGAGGCAGAGGUAGCUACGGGGCGGUGGGAUGACGCACGGCCUGGGCGUGCCCUGCUGACCACCGCUCUUGCCUCACUGCAUCCUCCUGAGCUUGCCUCACUGCAUCCUCCUGAGCUUGCCUCACUGCAUCCUCCUGAGCUUGCCUCACUGCAUCCUCCUGAGCUUGCCUCACUGCAUCCUCCUGAGCUUGCCUCACUGCAUCCUCCUGAGCUUGCCUCACUGCAUCCUCCUGAGCUUGCCUCACUGCAUCCUCCUGAGCUUGCCUCACUGCAUCCUCCUGAGCUUGCCUCACUGCAUCCUCCUGAGCUUGCCUCACUGCAUCCUCCUGAGCUUGCCUCACUGCAUCCUCCUGAGCUUGCCUCACUGCAUCCUCCUGAGCUUGCCUCACUGCAUCCUCCUGAGCUUGCCUCACUGCAUCCUCCUGAGCUUGCCUCACUGCAUCCUCCUGAGCUUGCCUCACUGCAUCCUCCUGAGCUUGCCUCACUGCAUCCUCCUGAGCUUGCCUCACUGCAUCCUCCUGAGCUUGCCUCACUGCAUCCUCCUGAGCUUGCCUCACUGCAUCCUCCUGAGCUUGCCUCACUGCAUCCUCCUGAGCUUGCCUCACUGCAUCCUCCUGAGCUUGCCACUCGUGAGUGUGCCUGCUGCUUACUGCCUUCUGUGUGCUUGCGUGUUCGGUUGGCUUCACGUGGGGCGAGGAGGGCGAUGGGGCAGCGCGUGCGCAUCAAGAGGCGUCCCUGGUUAACCCCCCCCUUCCAUUCCCUUCAGCAUGGCGGGCAGCGUGGAGACGACACGGCGGGCGGCACGGACGGAGGUCUACUCGUGGAGCGAGGAGGGCGACGGGGCAGCGCGCGCGCAUCAAGAGGCGUCCCUCUGGUUAACCCCCCCCCUUCCAUUCCCUUCAGCAUGGCGGGCAGCAUGGAGACGACACGGCGGGCGGCACGGACGGAGGUCUACUCGUGGGGCGAGGAGGGCGACGGGGCAGCGCGCGCGCAUCAAGAGGCGUCCCUCUGGUUAACCCCCCCCUUCCAUUCCCUUCAGCAUGGCGGGCAGCGUGGAGACGACACGGCGGGCGGCACGGAUGGAGGUGAGGUGCUGCUCCAUCGCUGCAGCGGGGUCUACUCGUGGGGCGAGGAGGGCGACGGGGCAGCGCGCGCGCAUCAAGAGGCGUCCCUCUGGUUAACCCCCCCCUUCCAUUCCCUUCAGCAUGGUGGGCAGCGUGGAGACGACACGGCGGGCGGCACGGACGGAGGUCUACUCGUGGGGCGAGGAGGGCGAUGGGGCAGCGCGUGCGCAUCAAGAGGCGUCCCUCUGGUUAACCCCCCCCCUUCCAUUCCCUUCAGCAUGGCGGGCAGCGUGGUGACGACACGGCGGGCGGCACAGCGGACGGCACACGGACGGAGGUACCCUUCUUCCCUUGUCCGUUUUGACCCGAAGACCGCCCCCGACUGCGGCAUAGGUGUUGUGCGGCAGGGGUGGCUGACGGCGUUGGGUCGGACGCGGCCCGCGCCUGAAGCGCCCCUGUGUGUGAGUGAGUGCUCUGACGAGGGAUGGGGGGACGCUCCCUGA